AGCUCUGUUAGAAAGAGAACUGCAGACAGAAGGAGCUGCUCGCAGAGCUGGGAAUGGAUAUGGCAAACCUAUUUAAACACUUCUUUCGGUUUGGGAAAGUAAAGCAGAAAAGCUGCAUGAGAGAGUUGCCCUCCAGUGCAGACAAACAUGCUGACAAUGAUGAGCGACUAUAUGAUCUCAACUUACCUGCACUGGUCAAGUUCAACUACACCGCUGAACGGGAGGAUGAACUCUCUUUAAUAAAAGGCACGAGGGUUAUCGUCAUGAAGAAGUGCAGCGACGGCUGGUGGCGAGGAACUUAUAACGGUCUUUCUGGAUGGUUCCCUUCCAAUUAUGUCACAGAGGAUAUAGACUGGACAAUGAGGGGAGAUUCUGUGAGCUCUCUUAAAGAUAAACUGUCCCCCAUUGGGCACAAAAACAAUGGGACUCAGGUUCUGCAGACUGUACAAGCACUUUAUCAUUUCAGCUCCGGCAAUGACGAGGAGCUGAAUUUCAACAAGGAUGAACUCAUGGAUGUGUUGGAGAAACCAGAAAAUGAUCCUGAAUGGUGGAAGUGUAGAAAGGGAAAUGGUCAAGUGGGACUAGUGCCCAAGAAUUAUGUCACAGUUGUAGAUAAGUCUCAUAAACAACUGGAGAAUUCAGGACCACCUACUCCAAACUUUGACUGCAUUAGGCCUUCUAUGAAUGGAAAGUUUGGAGGAAGAAUGUGGUACUAUGGCAAAGUGACACGGCACCAGGCGGAGGUGGUAUUGAACCAGAGAGGUGUUGAUGGGGACUUCUUCAUUAGAGACAGCGAGUCUAUGCCAAAUGACUUCGCCAUCUCUCUGAAGGCAGUGUACAAGAACAAGCAUUUCAAGGUGCAGCUAAAAGAUGGACUCUACUGCAUCGGUCAGCGCAAGUUCAACUCUAUGGAGGAUUUGGUGGAACAUUACAAAAAGGCCCCCAUAUUUACCAGUGAACAGGGAGAUAAACUGUACCUGAUAAAAGCAUUAUCCUGAACCAGUGAAGGAGCAACAGACUGUUUAAAAUUUAACCCAGUCAUUUAUCAGCAACAUGUCACAAGUAUGAACUUAAUUUGAUUGGAAUUUAUGAAGAUGUCCUGAAGACUCCCUUGAUUAAAUGUUACAUUAUGUUAAUGUUUGUGAAUUUACAAAUACAUUUAAUAAAGUAGUGUUAUUUUUGUAAA